AACUGAGGAGCCGAGAGCAAAGGGAGGGGUUGGUGGAGGGGAGAGGAGGUAAGAGUGCUGGGAACGCCCAGAGUAUCAAACUUGGGGGUGGCCAGUGGACAUCAGGGGGAGAAGCAAUUGCAGGUGACCGUGCGGCCCGCGAGGCGGCGCUGGGCGGGGUCCCGCUGCCCGCGUUCCAGGCUCUCCGGGCGGAGACCUGGACGCUGUCCCCACCCCCGCGCCCUCGCACGGAAACUUCCCCGCCCGCUCUCUGCUGCGGGGCCCUUAGCCCCCAACUCCCCGCACCUGUUCCUUGUUUAUUUGUUUUCCUUUUCGAGGGAGGUUCGCCUCCCCUCCUCCGGAGCCUCCCAUCGCUCCCGCUCCCACCCCGGGCGCGCCGCGCGGGGCGGCGCGUGUCCGCGCGCUUGGCGGCGGAGGUGGGCGGCGGAUCCCAGCGGCACCAGCCUCCCCGCCGUUCCGACCGCCGCGAGGACGCCGCGCUCUCUGCUCUCCCGCGCGCGCUGGCUGCCCUGCGCCCGCUGCCGAGCCGAAGGCACGAGGUCGGCCUGUGGGGACCUUCCAGUGUCCUCUCCGAGCCGGCGGCUAGGUAAUCAUCAGAGUGACCCGCGGCACACGUCUGGCGUCCACGUCUCAGCAGAAACGCGAGGGCCGGAUUCUUGUGCUGAAAAUGGGCCCAUUAGGUGCAGAGGCUGAUGAGAACCAGACGGUGGAAGAAAUGAAGGUGGAGCAGUCUGGUCCAGGGCACACCACUCCUAGAGGUGAGCUGGCCCCCGACUCUGAGCCCGAGCUCAUAGACAGCACCAAGCUGAUCGAGGUACAGAUCGUUCUUAUAUUGGCCUAUUGCUCCAUCAUCUUGCUUGGGGUGAUUGGCAAUUCCUUGGUGAUCCACGUGGUGAUCAAAUUCAAGAGCAUGCGCACAGUAACCAACUUUUUUAUCGCCAACCUGGCUGUGGCCGAUCUUCUGGUGAAUACCCUCUGCCUGCCAUUUACGCUUACCUACACCUUAAUGGGGGAGUGGAAAAUGGGUCCUGUCCUGUGCCACUUGGUGCCCUAUGCCCAGGGCCUGGCGGUACAAGUGUCCACCAUCACCUUGACGGUAAUUGCCCUGGACAGGCAUCGUUGCAUCGUCUACCACCUGGAGAGCAAGAUCUCCAAGCGAAUCAGCUUCUUGAUUAUUGGCCUGGCUUGGGGCGUCAGUGCCUUGCUAGCAAGCCCCCUGGCCAUCUUCCGGGAGUACUCACUGAUUGAGAUCAUUCCUGACUUUGAGAUUGUGGCCUGCACGGAGAAGUGGCCUGGUGAGGACAAGAGCGUCUAUGGCACUGUCUACAGUCUCUCCUCCUUAUUGAUUCUGUAUGUCCUACCUCUGGGCAUCAUCUCUUUCUCCUACACUCGUAUCUGGAGUAAACUUAGGAACCAUGUCAGCCCUGGAGCUGCCAAUGACCACUAUCAUCAGCGGAGGCAAAAAACCACCAAAAUGCUGGUGUGUGUGGUGGUGGUGUUUGCGGUCAGCUGGUUGCCUCUCCAUGCUUUCCAACUUGCUGUGGACAUUGACAACCAAGUCCUGGACCUGAAGGAGUACAAACUUAUCUUCACCGUGUUCCACAUCAUCGCCAUGUGCUCCACCUUUGCCAACCCUCUUCUCUAUGGCUGGAUGAACAGCAACUACAGAAAGGCUUUCCUCUCAGCCUUCCGCUGUCAGCAAAGGAUGGACGCCAUUCACUCCGAGGUGUCCGUGACGUUCAAGGCUAAAAAGAAUCUGGAAGUCACAAAGAACAAUGGCCCCAGUGACUCUUUCACAGAGGCUACCAACGUUUAAGGGCAACUGCCGUGUGAAAAUAGAUGGAUGAAUUCUGACCAGAGCUGUCAGUCUGGUUGAGGAGGGCAUUCAGGUGCCUCCUGAUUUCCCAUUUUAAGGAAGAAAAAGAGCAUCUGAAUGGAAGCAUCUGCAGUGUAACUCGUGGAAAACUGGUUGGCAGAGUGUAGGUAAAAAUGAGGCAGCAAAAGUUUGCUUACAGUUGCUUGGAUGGUAGGUUGAAUUAUAAGUAAAAGCAGAGAGAAAUGCUUUUAACUGUUUCCCAGAGUGAAGGAAACAGGAACAUGGAGUUGGUGGUGUCAGUAUUGCUAAAAGAUGGUGGGCAAAUAAGUUGGCUUCCAAAUCACAUGAGGGCAGAGAUUGGGGAUAAUGUAUAAUUCACUGCUCCCCCCUCAUCUGAUGAGAAGGCUACCAAUACCAACUUCCCUAGAAAGCCACAGACGUUUCUCUAUUAUAUUUUGGCUUUUUGUUAAUUCUUCCUAUGAAUGCUGCAGGCAAAUGUUACCAACUAUUUGAAUGACUUCAAGGAAAUAAACUGAAAUUUGCUAUGUAAUUAGUAUUUUGGCAAAUGAUGGGGGAAGUUUUUACCACCCAAUUAACCAAUUGUUUUUGUAAAAACAAAUGCACAUUUAAUGAAAAGUUUCUUCAACUUAGAAUUGAAGGCUGAAGUUCUCAGAGAAAUGCAAACCAUUAUUUAACUUCUCAUUUCAAGUUGUCCCUGCUUCAUACAGUUACUAUUUACAGAAUAAAGAAGCAUGCAACUCAAUACUUUAACUCAUUGCUUAAGUGUUACAACUUUUUGAACACAUAUUUUUCCUCUGCUAGAGCUGAGUUUGUCCUCACAAAAAAUUCAAAUCAGAUUAGAAAAUAGUUUCAUGGCAUUUUGUAACAUUUUGGGGUGAUUUGUAAGCAGUUUUGCGCAGGUACAUAGCUCUAAUGUGUUUACUGCAGUGUUAUUUUUUUCUGAAAUUCAUCUUCCAUGGACACAUUCAUGAUUCAUAAAACAAUAGAACAUCAGAAUGGAACCCAUCUGGUAAGAACUGUUAAAAACAUUACAUUCAUUCCACUUUGAAAAUGUUCUGCUUAGACCAAUUUCAACAAAAAUUAUCUGCUUCUCAAAAUAAUUAGCUGUAUUUUUGGAUAACUUAUGAAUACAUAAUAAUAUAAUUUUACCUAUAAAGGGUGGAACGUAGAUGCUAUAGUACCUUUUUUUUUAAUGAUUUCGUAAAUACAUUUUUAUUUCAAUAGUAUCCAACCAAAGAUGCUUAAAACUCUAUUAUGUUCAUGAAAAAUAAUUGAGAUGUUAAAAUAGCUGUUAAAAUAGUUGGAGGCUGUUAAAGAAGUUUCAUUAUAAUCAUAUUUUUAUAAGUAUACCUGAACUUGUGAAUAGAUUCUUUAAAUUUUAAGUCAAUUCAGCAUGACUAUCGCAUUUAGUUACAAACAUUAACUUUAUGAACGGGAGAGAUUUAUUUUAUGGCUACAUAUAAAAUUUAUAUUACAGCUUUUAUGGAAUUAUUUCCAUGCUAGAAAUAAAAGACUGAUCUUGAACUGCACUGCACUUUUAGGAAACUGAAAAUGAAUGGAAACAGUGGAAGUUAGAUUGGGUGUAAGACUGAAUAAGAAGUUAAUAAUGUAUAUCUGUAAUAUAUAACUGAAGAAUUCAUUUUUCUCUUGGACCUGAUGUAACUGUCUAAGAAGAAGCUUUUGUCUUUUAAAUAACAGUUACUUUGCUUGAGAUGCUAAUAGAUAAUUGUGGUUAAAGGUUUUUUUCCCUCUUGGAGAAUUCUUACACUGUAGGAAAUGUGCAUGCUACUGUACCACCUGUGGUCAUAGUAAAUUAUUAGAAUCCAAUUAAUACAUGUGAUCUAAUUAAUUCUGUUAACUCAUCAAUAAAAUGUCUUUUAUGUAGUGAUUUGAUCUGUUGAAAUAAAAAGAAUUGGGGAAGUUAGAGAAAUGUGCAUUAUUUUAUGUCAGAAUGCCUGUCCAAGAUGCGACCGUCAGCCUUUGACACAACUAAAGAAGGGGAAUUAACGGUGGCUCCCGGACAGUUAGUCUAGCGCGCGCUCCAUGGGGUCUAUAAGGAACCUGAGAACCUCACUUCUUUGGCUACAAUUAUAAUCCAUAUUCUGACAGUGCCUGAAUCUCUAUGUUCAGCUCAGACUUUUCUUUUGAACCUCAGGCCUGUAUCUCUAUCAGCCCACUUGACGUGCCGACGUGGUAUCUCACCAGCAGAGCAAACCCAGCAUGCCUAGGUCACAACUUGCCAUUUUGAUCCACACCCCGCCCCACCUCCACUUUGUUUUCCUGUCCCAAUCAUGACACUGCUAUCUACCCAGUUUGCAAAAGCCACGCUU